AUGUCUAGCAUGGCAGUACAAUUGUUCGCGAUGGGUCCUCCGGCAGGAAACAUGAGUUCAAACAUCGGACAAUCAUCCGCACCAACCUUAUCAAAACGCAGUGAAAAUAAAACCGCGUCACCACCCACACCUAAGAACAUCAAAGAAGUUCCAGCAACGGGGAACUUCCCUGCAUCAUCAAAUUCUUCUUCGAACUCAUCGGGUGUGCUGGGAAACGCAGGCCCAUAUCCCUCUAAUUUUGAUGAAAGUGGCCUCACACCUUCGUGGGUCCAGAUCUGCGGCACUUACGAUGGCGACGAGCAGAUGGGAGUAUGUCUCUGGAGCGGCCCUUCUUCUGAUGUCCAGGGUGGCCAUAUGAGCGGUUGGUAUUCUUCAGCGGUCUGGCUCCAAUUCACCACUAAUAGUGGCGAGAGUACUUGA